GGCAAAUUCAUCAGAAUUCACUUCGGUGCCACAGGAAAACUAGCUUCUGCUGAUAUCGAAACAUAUCUGCUGGAGAAGUCCAGAGUCACUUUUCAGCUCAAGGCGGAAAGAAGCUACCACAUAUUCUAUCAGAUCAUGUCCAACAAGAAGCCAGAGCUAAUUGACAUGCUCCUCAUUACCACCAACCCAUAUGACUAUCACUUUGUGAGUCAGGGUGAAAUCACUGUUGCCAGCAUCAAUGACCAGGAGGAGUUGAUGGCUACAGAUAGCGCCAUUGACAUCCUGGGCUUCACUGCUGAUGAAAAAACAGCCAUCUACAAGCUGACAGGGGCUGUCAUGCACUAUGGCAACCUGAAGUUCAAGCAGAAGCAACGUGAGGAGCAGGCAGAGCCUGAUGGCACAGAAGUUGCUGACAAGGCCGCCUACCUGAUGGGUCUGAACUCAGCAGACCUGCUCAAAGCCCUCUGCUACCCCCGAGUCAAAGUUGGGAAUGAAUACGUGACCAAGGGUCAAACCGUGCAGCAGGUGAACAAUUCAGUGGGUGCCCUGGCAAAAGCUGUCUAUGAGAAGAUGUUCCUGUGGAUGGUUGUUCGCAUCAACCAACAGCUGGAUACCAAGCAGCCCAGACAGUACUUCAUUGGUGUCCUGGACAUUGCUGGCUUCGAGAUCUUUGAUUUCAACAGCCUGGAGCAGCUGUGCAUCAACUUCACCAAUGAGAAACUGCAACAGUUCUUUAACCACCACAUGUUCGUGCUGGAGCAAGAGGAGUACAAGAAGGAAGGAAUUGAAUGGACAUUCAUUGACUUUGGGAUGGACCUGGCUGCCUGCAUUGAGCUCAUUGAGAAGCCCAUGGGUAUCUUCUCCAUCCUGGAAGAGGAGUGCAUGUUCCCCAAGGCAACUGACACCUCUUUCAAGAACAAGCUCUAUGACCAGCAUCUGGGCAAGUCCAACAACUUCCAGAAGCCCAAGCCUGCCAAAGGCAAGGCUGAGGCCCACUUCUCCCUGGUGCACUAUGCUGGAACAGUGGACUACAACAUCACUGGCUGGCUUGAGAAGAACAAGGAUCCCUUGAACGAAACUGUAAUUGGAUUGUAUCAGAAAUCAUCUGUGAAGACACUGGCUUUACUUUUUGCCUCUUAUGAGGCUAGUGGUGGUGGUGGCAAGAAAGGUGGCAAGAAGAAGGGCUCUUCUUUCCAGACUGUCUCAGCUCUUUUCCGAGAGAAUUUAAACAAGCUGAUGACCAAUCUACGGAGCACUCACCCCCAUUUUGUCCGUUGCAUCAUCCCAAAUGAAACAAAAACACCUGGUGCCAUGGAGCACGAACUGGUGCUACACCAGCUGCGGUGUAACGGCGUGCUGGAAGGCAUCAGAAUUUGCAGGAAAGGUUUUCCCAGCAGAGUCCUCUAUGCUGACUUCAAACAGAGAUAUAAAGUGCUUAAUGCCAGUGCUAUCCCAGAGGGACAGUUCAUUGACAGCAAGAAGGCUUCUGAGAAGCUUCUGGGGUCAAUCGAUGUGGACCACACACAGUACAAAUUUGGCCACACUAAGGUGUUCUUCAAAGCUGGGCUGCUGGGACUCCUGGAGGAGAUGAGGGAUGAGAAGCUGGCACAGCUCAUCACCCGCACACAGGCCAGGUGCAGGGGCUUCCUGAUGAGAGUGGAGUACCAGAGAAUGGUGGAGAGGAGGGAGUCCAUCUUUUGCAUCCAGUACAAUGUUCGUGCCUUCAUGAAUGUGAAGCACUGGCCCUGGAUGAAGCUGUUCUUCAAGAUCAAGCCCUUGCUGAAGAGUGCAGAAUCUGAGAAGGAGAUGGCCAACAUGAAAGAAGAGUUUGAGAAAACCAAGGAAGAGCUUGCAAAGUCUGAGGCAAAGAGGAAGGAGCUGGAGGAGAAGAUGGUGAAACUGAUGCAGGAGAAAAAUGACCUGCAGCUCCAAGUGCAGGCUGAAGCUGAUGCUUUAGCUGAUGCUGAGGAAAGGUGUGACCAGCUCAUCAAAACCAAAAUCCAGCUGGAAGCCAAAGUAAAAGAAGUGACUGAAAGAGCUGAGGAUGAAGAAGAAAUUAAUGCCGAGCUGACAGCCAAGAAGAGGAAACUGGAAGAUGAAUGUUCAGAGCUGAAGAAAGAUAUUGAUGACCUUGAGUUAACACUGGCCAAGGUUGAGAAGGAAAAACAUGCCACUGAAAACAAGGUGAAAAACCUCACAGAGGAGAUGGCAGCCCUGGACGAGACCAUUGCCAAGCUGACAAAAGAAAAGAAAGCCCUCCAAGAGGCCCAUCAGCAGACACUGGAUGACCUGCAGGCAGAAGAGGACAAAGUCAAUACGCUGACCAAAGCGAAGACCAAGCUGGAGCAGCAAGUGGACGAUCUGGAAGGGUCCCUGGAGCAAGAGAAGAAACUGCGCAUGGACCUUGAGAGAGCUAAGAGGAAACUGGAAGGAGACCUGAAGCUGGCCCAUGACAGCAUAAUGGAUUUGGAAAACGAUAAGCAGCAGCUGGAUGAGAAACUGAAGAAGGUCCCUAAUGUUCCCCAGGCUCGUAUAGAGGAACUGGAGGAGGAAAUUGAGGCAGAACGAACCUCUCGGGCAAAAGCAGAGAAGCAUCGUGCUGACCUCUCGAGGGAGCUCGAGGAGAUCAGCGAGCGCCUGGAAGAAGCAGGAGGGGCUACCGCAGCUCAGAUUGACAUGAACAAGAAGCGCGAGGCAGAAUUUCAGAAGAUGCGCCGCGACCUCGAAGAGGCCACGCUGCAGCACGAAGCCACAGCUGCCGCCCUGCGGAAGAAGCACGCGGACAGCACAGCUGAGCUUGGGGAGCAGAUCGACAACCUGCAACGAGUGAAGCAGAAGCUGGAGAAGGAGAAGAGUGAGCUGAAGAUGGAGAUUGACGACUUGGCCAGUAACAUGGAGUCUGUCUCCAAAGCCAAGGCAAAUCUGGAGAAGAUGUGUCGCACACUGGAAGACCAGCUGAGUGAGAUAAAGACAAAGGAAGAAGAGCAUCAGCGCAUGAUCAAUGACCUCAAUGCUCAAAGAGCUCGCCUUCAAACAGAAUCAGGUGAAUAUUCACGUCAGGUGGACGAAAAGGAUGCUCUGAUUUCUCAGCUGUCAAGAGGCAAGCAGGCUUUCACGCAACAGAUUGAGGAGCUCAAAAGGCACUUAGAGGAAGAGAUAAAGGCCAAGAACGCCCUGGCCCACGCCUUGCAGUCUGCUCGCCACGACUGUGACUUGCUCCGGGAACAAUAUGAGGAGGAGCAGGAAGCCAAGGGGGAGCUGCAGCGUGCCCUGUCCAAGGCCAACAGCGAAGUGGCCCAGUGGAGAACCAAAUACGAGACGGAUGCCAUUCAGCGCACGGAGGAGCUGGAGGAGGCCAAGAAGAAGCUGGCACAGCGCCUGCAGGAUGCAGAGGAACACGUUGAAGCCGUCAAUGCCAAAUGUGCCUCUCUGGAAAAGACAAAGCAGAGGCUGCAGAAUGAAGUGGAGGACCUGAUGAUUGAUGUGGAGCGAUCCAAUGCUGCCUGCGCAGCCCUGGAUAAGAAGCAGAAGAACUUUGACAAGAUCCUGGCAGAGUGGAAGCAGAAGUAUGAGGAAACGCAGGCUGAGCUGGAAGCCUCCCAGAAGGAGUCUCGCUCUCUCAGCACGGAGCUGUUUAAGAUGAAGAAUGCCUAUGAGGAGUCCUUGGACCACCUGGAAACGCUGAAGCGUGAGAACAAGAACUUGCAGCAGGAGAUUUCUGACCUCACAGAGCAGAUUGCUGAGGGAGGAAAGGCAAUUCAUGAGCUGGAGAAAAUCAAGAAGCAGAUUGAGCAGGAGAAAUCUGAAAUCCAAGCUGCUCUGGAGGAAGCUGAGGCCUCCCUGGAACAUGAAGAGGGGAAGAUCCUGCGCCUCCAACUUGAGCUCAACCAGGUGAAGUCUGAGAUUGACAGGAAGAUAGCAGAGAAAGAUGAAGAGAUUGACCAGAUGAAGAGAAACCACCUCAGAAUUGUGGAGUCCAUGCAGAGCACCCUGGACAGGAAUGAAGCCCUGCGGCUGAAGAAGAAGAUGGAGGGAGACCUGAAUGAAAUGGAGAUCCAGCUGAGCCAUGCCAACCGCGUGGCUGCAGAGUCACAAAAGAACCUGAGAAACACCCAGGCAGUGCUCAAGGAUACCCAGAUACACCUGGAUGAU